GCCCCUCUGCGAGCAGCCCCAUCCUGGAACCACGUCUGUGUUCUUGGGCAAGUGCUGCCAAAAUUCAGGUGCCUUUUCUGGAACACAGGUCCUGUGAGGACCAGCUGAGGGAGCUGGAGGUGUUUAGCCUGGAGGAGGUUCGGGAGACACCUUACUGCUCUCUACAAUGGAUGCUGUAGCCUGGUGGGGGUUGGCCUCUUCUCCCAGGCAACCAGCAACAGGAUGAGAGAGCACAGCCUCAAGGUCAGCUUGGGGAGGUUCAGGCUGGACAUUAGGAAGAAUUUCUUCACAGAAAACAUUGCUAUACGGAUUUGCACCUAGGGAGGUGGUGGAGUCACCGUCCCUGGAGGUGUUGAAGACUGGAGGUGACACAGAGAGCAAGUGAUUGAACACUGGAAUGAACAACAAGGACGUGGUGGAGUCACUGUUCCUGGAGGUGCUUAAGAAGGGAUGUGGCACUGAGUGCACUCCACGGCCCAGCUAGCAUUGUGGUCUUGGGUCACAGGCUGGACUCGAUGAUCUCCAGAAGUCUUUUCCAACCUGGUCGAUUCUGUGACUCUUCAGUUACGGUCACAGCACCACUGGCCUCUGGAGCCCACAGCUGCGCUUCCACAUAGGAGGGAACUGUCUCAUUCGCGCGCCUACGGCCGGGAGGACCAAAGGCGCUUUUAUCACGACAUGAGUGCAUUAAUUAAAGUUUUCUCUUAGCGACUCUUCCCCGCCAGACGGGAAACCACCAUGGCGGCGAGAAAACGGCAGCGAAAAACCACCAGCGGCUCGCCUCCGCCCCGCUCCCGGACGGGGAAGAAGAGGCCAGUGGGCAGGAGCGGAUGGAAGCAGGCGGAUGGAGGCGGGCCGAGGCGCGGGGCGGCGCCGGCGCGGGCGGGCGGCCGCGAUUCUGUCUGGACCUGCAGCAAAACUCCACAAAAAGGAACACCAACAGAACAAAGAUGAAUAUCGGGAAAGCUUACAGUGCUGCUAACAUCAGCAAUGGAACAGAUCUAGCUAUUGGCUUUACGUCUUCCACAGUAGCUGUCCUUCUGUUUGGGACAAACUUUGUGCCUGUCAAGAAAUUUGAUACUGGUGAUGGCAUGUUCUUCCAGUGGAUUCUCUGUGCCUCCAUAUGGAUAGUUUCUUUGGUGGUCAAUUUGAUCCAGAAUUGCCCCAGGUUUUGGCCCCUGGCUAUGGUUGGAGGUUUUGUGUGGGCUACAGGCAAUGUUACAGUUGUCCCUAUUGUUAAAACUAUUGGCUUAGCUCUUGGUCUUUUGAUAUGGGCUUCUUUUAAUUUGCUGACAGGCUGGGCAAGUUCAAGGUUUGGUUGGUUUGGUAUUGACCCAGAAGAGGUAUCAAGACCAAUCUUAAAUUAUAUUGGAGCUGGACUUUCACUUAUAAGUGCUGUCAUAUUUCUUUUUAUAAAAACUGAAGUCCAGAGUUCUUCAACUUCAUUAGAAAGUACACCUUUACUGAGAGAAAGUUCUAUAAAUGUUUCUGAAGAGGCCACUGACGACUCAUGGGUGAACAAACUUUCUCCAGCAAAAAGGAGACUCAUAGGCUGUAGCCUGGCUGUAGUGGCUGGAAUACUCUAUGGUUCCAGUUUUGUACCAGUACUUUACAUCAAGGACCAUGGAAGAAGAAAUGAAACUGUAUACACAGGAGCAAGUCAGUUUGAUUUAGAUUAUGUUUUUGCACACUUCAGUGGAAUAUUUCUUACAAGUACCAUCUACUUUUUGAUCUAUUGUGCAGUCAGGAAGAACAAACCUUAUGUUUAUCCCCAAGCUAUAUUGCCUGGGUUUGUUUCUGGUGUGCUUUGGGCAAUAGCCAAUUGCUGCUGGUUCCUGGCCAAUCACUAUCUCAGUGCUGUCGUCAGCUUUCCAAUAAUUACUGCAGGUCCUGGCCUUGUUGCUGCAAUGUGGGGAGUCCUUGUAUUCAAGGAAAUCAAGGGACUGAAAAACUACAUGUUACUGUCAGUAUCGUUUUGCAUCAUUUUGGCUGGAUCACUUUCCACAGCUUUUUCUAAAGUUUGAAAGGACCUACUGGACCAGUAGAUGGUGCUAGCGUUUAACACAAGUAGAAUGACCAUGUUGGUAGAUCACAAUACAUGAUAAUUUUCAAAAUGUAUGUCCAGCAUUUACACUAACUUACUUCAGCCAAGUGGAAAAUGAAAACAUUUGGCAUGAAAGAAAAUCUGGAAAUAUGUGUUCCUCUUUUUCUUGAAAUAAUAAGAAAAUCAAAGGACUUUAUUAAUCAAAGCUAAAUGAUUUUAUUGUUACUAAUUAUUUGGGGUUUUUUUUCAUUCAGGUGCUAAACUUCAUGUCAUCAUAAAUUGCAGUUUACUGUUGCGAUGGUGGAUAGUGAUUUUAAUUUUAAUCUAUAAUACUGUAUGUGUUUGUAAGCUGAUUUGUUUUAUUAAAACAUUUUUCUUACUGACUUAAAUAUAUCUUGAAAUAUUCCUUAUGAAACUGUUACACAUGAAGAUAAUAAAGCUUUUCUUUUAUUUAGAAGCA